CACCUCCCGAUACACAACUGUCCUUCGUCCCACUUCUUUCAUUUCAGAAUGAAGCAGUCAUUGUAGUGUCACUACUUUUUCCCCCCCACCACACGUCCGAUUAGCAAAAGCUGUAAGUCAAUGAAUAAAUCAGCCAUUGAACUGCUCAAGUUAAACUGCUGUCUGUCAUCUGAGCGCUUGUUCACCUCCAGCUACUGACUGGUUAUGCAAACAAGAUUUACAGAAAAAAAAAUUGGGCAUGUGAGUACCUACGCCUGGUGAGCCAACUGAUCGAUAGCGGAUAUUAAACAGACUGGCGUGGCAGAUUUCGCAUAUCAGGGCGUUAUUCUUACAAGUCGUUCGCUCCCGUAGCCCUUCGGAUGGAAGCGCUACAACUACUGUCUGAAAAAAGAAAAAGAAGAGGACGAAGCGCGGCCACUGUCGGCGCUGCAGACCCGUGUUGUGAGUGGCUCCCACCGUGUAGUACUUUCAUGAGCCACGGAGGUUUUCGCGAUGCUCGACAAUGUUUCAGCGUUUGGGAACUUCACGGAGCAGGGGGGCGUCUCUCGACCAGCUUGGGCAGUGACGGCGCUAGCCAGCGUGCUGAUCUUUACUACUGUAGUGGACAUCCUGGGCAAUCUGUUGGUCAUUUUGUCCGUGCUUAGGAACAGAAAACUCCGGAAUGCAGGUAAUGUGUUUGUAGUUAACCUGGCUUUUGCAGAUCUUGUGGUGGCAUUUUAUCCGUACCCUCUUGUGCUGUUUGCCAUGUUACAUGAUGGAUGGUCCUUGGGAGAAAUUCACUGUAAAGUAAGCGGGUUCCUAAUGGGCCUAAGUGUGAUGGGGUCUAUCUUCAACAUCACUGGCAUAGCAAUAAACAGGUACUGCUACAUCUGCCACAGCUUUACCUAUGACAAACUAUACAGCUACAGCAACACCCUGAUCUUUGUUGUUCUUAUCUGGGCAUUCACGGUAAUUGCUAUUGUGCCAAAUCUUUUUGUUGGAUCACUUCAGUAUGACCCUCGCAUCUACUCUUGUACAUUUACACAGACAGUAAGCUCUUCAUAUACAAUAACAGUUGUUGUGAUCCAUUUCAUUGUGCCAAUAAUGGUGGUGACUUUCUGCUACCUGAGGAUAUGGAUCUUGGUACUACAGGUGCGGCGAAGAGUAAAGACCGAUAUUAGGCCCAGGCUGAAGCCCAGUGAUCUGAAAAACUUUGUGACCAUGUUUGUUGUGUUUGUUCUUUUUGCUAUUUGCUGGGCCCCUUUGAACUUCAUCGGCCUGGCAGUGGCCAUCAAUCCAAAGGAUGUAGCUCCAAAAAUCCCUGAAUGGCUCUUUGUUGUCAGCUACUUUAUGGCAUAUUUUAAUAGUUGCCUUAAUGCAAUAAUUUAUGGACUUCUCAAUCAGAACUUCAGAAAGGAAUAUAAACGAAUCAUCAUGUCUUUGUGGAUGCCAAGAUUUUUUUUCCAGGACACAUCUAAAGGAGGAACAGAAGCUAUAAAAAGCAAACCUUCUCCAGCAUUGAACAACAACGAUCACAUGAAAACAGACACAUUGUGAUGAAGCAAUAAAAUAAUCAAAUUAAAGCCUAAAGCUAUGAUGAAAUGAAAAUAUUUAUCUAAUUUUAUAUGUAUUUUGUAUUCAUUGGAGUGCCAUACGUAUGAUAUGUAAUCUAGUGUAUUUAUCAUAUCCUUAUACACACCUCAGGUUGCCUACAAUACUGACCUUGUAGCAAUACACUUAUAUUUUAAGUU